CAUUUUUCCUCCUAUUCGCACAGCUCCUUGUGAAAGAGGCAGAGAGCGGAGAAGAUGGUGUCGCUGAAGCUACAGAAGCGGCUCGCCGCUAGUGUAUUGAAGUGCGGCAAGGGCAAGGUUUGGCUUGACCCCAAUGAAGGCAACGAAAUCUCCAUGGCUAACUCUAGACAAAACAUUAGGAAGUUGGUGAAGGAUGGUUUCAUUAUCAGGAAGCCCACCAAGAUUCACUCGCGAUCCCGUGCUCGCCGAAUGAAGGAGGCCAAGAGAAAGGGCCGUCACUCUGGAUAUGGUAAACGUAAGGGUACCAGGGAGGCAAGGUUGCCCACAAAAGUGCUUUGGAUGAGAAGAAUGAGGGUGCUCAGACGCUUGCUUCGCAAAUACAGGGAGUCCAAGAAGAUUGACAAGCACAUGUACCAUGACAUGUACAUGAAAGUUAAGGGUAAUGUUUUCAAAAACAAGCGUGUACUGAUGGAGAGUAUCCACAAGUCUAAGGCUGAGAAGGCUAGGGAGAAGACCUUAUCUGACCAAUUUGAGGCUAAGAGAGCAAAGAACAAAGCUAGCAGGGAGAGGAAGAUAGCAAGGAGAGAGGAACGGCUAGCACAGGGACCAGGUGAGAAAGCACCACCACCGGCAGCAGCAGCUCCUGUACCCGCGUCUCAGCCAGCUCAGGGAACAAAAAAAGCUAAGAAGUGAUCCUA